GAUAACAGCAUAUCAAGAAUCUUUUAACAGCUUAGGACCUCUCCUCAGAAAAAAUGCACAGGUUUUUAUAGACAAUUUAAGAAGGUUCACAAAGUUUCUGGAGCUCAUCUAUUGAGCCUUGGCUUAGAAAACAGAAACAAGCAGACAAGCAAACUGAUCCCAAGAAGUGACUAAAAUGUAUGUCCUUCAAGCAAUUCUCCAUACAUAUUAUUUCUCAAGCAUCUGAUGUAUAUUGAACAGCAUUAAGUUCAGAGUUAUACCUGGAGUACGGAUAGUCUGUAUUGUAGAAUUGCGUGCUUUAUUUCUUAGAUUUUUCUUCAGAGGUGAGCAUUGCCCAAAACUGGGGGUCUUAGGAGCAGGGUUGAAUAAAAAAAGUGGGCUGACAAGGGAGUCCGAGAAAAGAGGAACCAUAAUCUGAACAUUCAUAAAGGUGAGUGCUAAGAGACUCAAGGAGUUCCAGGACCAGAUAAAGGUCAGACAGGAAGGUUGAGUUCAAAGCAGUAGGCAGAGGACCAAAUUGGGCCUCACAGAAUCAAUAGACCAGCAGCAGGAAACAGACACGAUUAUUGCUGGGACAGGUUUUAAAAAAAAUUUUUUUAAUUGUAAAAUACAACGUUACCAUAUUAACUACUUUUAAGUGUACAGUUCAGUGACAUUAACUACAUUCACAUUGAUGGGCAACCCUCACCGCCGUCCAUGUCCAGAACUCUUUUUGUCUUGUAAAACUGGAACUCUGUUCCCUUUCUCCCCACCUCCAGCCCCUGGCAACCAUCAUUCUUCUUUCUGUCUCUAUGACUUGGACUACACUGGGUGCCUCAUGUAAGUGGAAUCAUAUAGUAUUUACCUUGCUGUGACAGGCUUAUUCCACUUAACAUAAUGUUCUCAGGGUUCACCUGUGUUGUAGCAUGUGUCAUAAUUUCCUUCCUUUUUAAGGCUGAAUAAUAUUCCAUUAUAUGUAUAUAUCACAUUUUAUUUAUCCAUUCAUCUGUCAAUAAACAUUUGGGUUCCUUCCACUCCUUGGCUAUUGUGAGUAAUGCUGUCAUGAACAUGGGUGUAUGAAUAUCUCUUCAAGUCCCUGCUUUCAAUUCCUUUCAGUAUAUACCCAGAAGUGGAAUUGCUGGAUUGUGUGGUAAUUAUAUUUUUAAUUUUUUGAAGAAACGCUAUACUGUUUUCUUUAACAGCUGCACCAUUUUACAUUUCCACCAACAGUGCACAUGGAUUCUAAUUUCUUCUCAUCUUUGCCAACUCUUCUUUUCUUUUCUUUUUUAAAUAGUAGCCAUCCUAAUGGGUACAAUGGAACAGGUUUUGGACACGAAACCUAGAAAGCUCACCUGAGACUGAAAUUCCGUGGAAACAUAGUUGGUACUACUCUGCAAUGUCUCUAUUUGAAAGCCAAAGUGAGGACAGACAAAGUGGAGAACAAGGAAGAUGUCUGCAAGCCAACAACAGAGAAUUCAACACUCUGUUUGAAUAUCCAAAUAAUACCAUCAAGACCUCAAAAUAUAAUGUCUUUAACUUCUUGCCCCUAAACCUAUUUGAACAGUUCCAGAGACUUGCAAAUGCAUAUUUCCUCAUUUUGCUAUUCCUACAGUUGAUUCCCCAGAUCUCCUCCUUGGCAUGGUACACGACUGUGAUACCCCUGAUGGUGGUGCUGUCCAUAACAGCAGUGAAAGAUGCCAUCGAUGACCUGAAAAGGCAUCAAAAUGACAAUCAAGUCAACAACCGUUCUGUUCUGGUGCUGAUGAAUGGCAGGAUGAAGGAGGACAAAUGGAUGAAUAUCCAAGUGGGAGAUAUAGUAAAAGUGGAAAAUAAUCAGCCUGUCACGGCUGAUAUGCUGUUACUCUCUAGCAGUGAGCCCUACAGUCUGGCAUAUAUAGAAACAGCAGAACUGGACGGUGAAACCAACCUGAAAGUGAAACAGGCCAUCUCAGUUACCAGUGACAUGGAAGAUAACCUGAAGCUGCUAUCUGCCUUUGAUGGAGAAGUGAGGUGUGAGUCUCCCAAUAACAAGUUGGACAAAUUCACAGGAACACUGACUUAUAAGGGAAAAAACUACAUCCUGGACCAUGAUAAGCUGCUGCUCCGAGGCUGCAUCAUCAGGAAUACAGACUGGUGCUAUGGCUUGGUGAUUUACACUGGGCCAGACACCAAAUUAAUGCAGAACUGUGGAAAGUCCACCUUUAAACGGACACACAUAGACCAUCUCAUGAAUGUCCUUGUGGUCUGGAUUUUCCUAUUUUUAGGCAGCAUGUGUUUUAUCCUAGCAAUUGGACAUGGCAUUUGGGAGAACAAGAAAGGCUACUACUUCCAGAAUUUUCUGCCAUGGAAAGAAUAUGUCUCUUCAUCAGUUGUCUCUGCCAUCCUCAUAUUCUGGUCCUACUUCAUUAUUCUCAACACUAUGGUGCCCAUUUCCCUCUAUGUCAGUGUUGAGAUAAUAAGAUUGGGCAACAGUUACUAUAUCAACUGGGAUCGGAAGAUGUUUUAUGCACCAAAGAACACAGCAGCACAGGCUCGCACCACCACCCUUAAUGAGGAGCUCGGCCAGGUCAAAUACGUGUUCUCUGACAAAACAGGGACCCUGACUCAGAAUAUCAUGGUUUUCAAGAAGUGUUCUAUUAAUGGGACAUUCUAUGGUGAUAUCUAUGACAAGAAUGGACAGCGGUUAGAAGUUUCUGAGAAAACAGAAAAGGUCGACUUUUCCUACAACAAACUGGCUGAUCCUAAGUUUUCAUUUUAUGACCAGACUUUGGUGGAAGCAGUGAAAACGGGAGAUGGCUGGGUGCACUUGUUUUUCCUCUCACUCUCAUUGUGUCAUACCGUGAUGUCAGAAGAGAAAGUGGAAGGUAAGCUGGUGUACCAGGCUCAGUCCCCAGAUGAAGGUGCCCUGGUCACUGCUGCCAGGAACUUUGGCUUUGUGUUCCGUUCUCGCACAUCUGAGACAAUCAUGGUAGUCGAGAUGGGGGAAACCAAAGUGUACCAACUGCUGGCUAUCUUGGAUUUCAACAAUGUGCGCAAGAGGAUGUCUGUUAUUGUGAGGACACCUGAAGGUCGGGUAAUGUUGUUCUGCAAGGGUGCAGACACCAUCCUUUGUCAGCGGCUUCAUCCAUCCUGUAGAUCGCUUGGAGAUGUGACCAUGGAACAUUUAGAUGAUUUUGCCAUCGAAGGUCUUCGCACCCUCAUGGUGGCCUACCGAGAACUGGACAAUGCAUUCUUCCAGGCCUGGAGCAAGAAGCACAGUGAAGCCUGCCUGUCUUUGGAGAAUCGGGAAAAUAAGAUAUCAAAUGUCUGUGAGGAGAUUGAAAAAGACUUGAUGCUGUUAGGGGCCACAGCCAUAGAAGACAAGCUGCAGGAUGGAGUACCUGAGACAAUCAUCACCCUGAACAAAGCCAAAAUUAAAAUGUGGGUUUUAACUGGAGAUAAGCAAGAGACUGCUGUGAACAUUGCUUAUGCCUGUAAUAUCUUUGAAGAUGAAAUGGAUGAGAUGUUUAUUGUGGAAGGCAAGGAUGACGAGACUAUUCGGCAAGAACUCAGGUCAGCAAGGGCCAAGAUGAAACCCGAGUCUCUACUGGAGUCAGACCCAGUAAACACUUACCUCACCACGAAGCCCAAAAUGCCCUUCAAAAUACCUGAGGAGGUGCCCAAUGGCAACUAUGGCUUGGUCAUCAAUGGCUACAGUUUGGUGGGCAACAAAGAGCUACAACUCUGUUCUCUUCUUCCAAGGAACUUUUUUCUUAGGUCCAACCCACUUCUGGGGAAUUUCAAGACCCUUUUCCUAUUCCAUGAAUCACCCUAUUCCCCCUCCCUUCAGGUGCCCUUGCUUGACAGACACCUUGCUUAGCUUUCUCUAGGCAGGAAUAAUGAGGAAAGAGAAGCCAAGGGCAUAUUCCUUCCUUAUCCAGAUUCUUUACUACCGAUGUGGCUUGUCACUUAGAGGAAGGGGAGAAGCAAGCAGGACCGGGUCCUUCAAAAAGUCACUUGGUCUUAUAGCCCAGUUUGCUGAUUUGACCCAGUGAGAGACCCUGACCAGCUUCCCACUGGAGGCUGGAUCAGAUGUGAGGAUGCCUAGAACUGACUUGGGGGCUUGGCCUUCCUUGGGGGUGGAGCAGCUUGAGAGCAGCUAUGCCCAACCUGUGUGGUACAGGACAGUAUGGAGAGGGGAGGAGGAGCCUAGGAAGGUCUUGUCCUGAGAGCCUUUUUGGGCAACCUGAAAUGUGAGUGUGUCGUGGUGCUGCAGGCCUAUGCUCUAGAAGGGAACCUGGAGUUGGAACUGCUGCGAACAGCGUGCAUGUGCAAGGGGGUGAUCUGCUGCCGGAUGACACCCCUUCAGAAGGCCCAGGUGGUAGAACUGGUGAAGAGGUACAAGAAGGUGGUGACACUGGCCAUCGGGGAUGGGGCCAAUGACGUCAGCAUGAUCAAAGGCACGUGAGGGGUGGGAGGCAGCAGCCCCCAGCCGUGGGCUUGCCCUUUCCUUCUUCCAUGGGCAAAACUGAUCUGGGUGGCACUGUGUUGCUGGCUCACACCCCUGCAUAUCAUAUGUCUGUACAUUUAUACUGUUUUAUAACUUCAUUCAUGCUCCUCUACACCUGCAUUCCCACUUAUGUGCACAUGCAUUCAUCAGCCCACAUUCACAGGCAUGCACACACAUUCAGAUUCAUGCAUUUAGUAUUCAUACACACACAGAUACACAUGGCUCCCAUAAGAACACAUGCAUACAUUCACAGAACAGCAGGCUGUACAACUACCACACCAUCUUUCUGAGAUGGCAUCAAAGCCCACAGAAAGGACCCCUGGGCAGGAGUCAUAGUCUGUUCCUUUAUUGAAGGCUGUAGGCCUGAGCAAUGUUAGGCAGAAGACAGGGCUUCCCAACCAGGGAAGUAGAUGUGAGGCCCAACGCAGGGACCUUUUCCUCCCUGAGGCAGUGUUCCCAAAAGCUUGCCCUGCCUCCCCUGGCUGAAGGAGCAUAGCAGACUUACUGAUGCUUUGGACCAAUAGAAGUAAAUGGCUGAAACCUGUUUUAAUUUCAGCUGAAUGUUGUUCGCCUCCAGCCUCUUGUGAGAUAUGGACAACAUCUAGAGGUCCUCUAGGCCAACCUCUCUCCCCAUACAGGAAACACUACUAGAUAUUCCUCCCUUGGCUUCCAUGCUAGGAAGUGUUCUUGCUCUCUCCCCCAGUUUCUAGAACCUCUCAGGUUUUUAGGGCCUUGGAGUUUUUGAUUAUUCCAUUAAGCAGUAUAAUAGGUAUAACCCAGGAGAUCAAUGAAUUUGGCCUACACUACAACAGACUAAUUAAAACUUUUAGGAACUUCAGUCUUAUCUUCCAUCAAGUAUAAUCCUUGCUUUAUCUAGAAAAAGUCACCUUAGGCCUCCUGAAGAACUUGUUUCUCACUAACAAAGUAUGUAUAUCACUUAUUCCUCCCAACGGUUGGAUCUUAGCUUCUUAGAUAAACUUAGGUAAUUAAAUAUUGUGUUAGAUCGACAUCUAUCCUGCAUCUUUGAUUUAAGUGGCUUCAAGAGACAACAAUAAAUUUUUCCCUCAGCAUCUGGACAGCAAGAAAGAGCCCAGGUGGCUAUAGUAGGUGCAAAGACCAUCCAGGACAGCGUUCUAGUGCUAGCCAUGCCGGGCACUCUUGAGCGGCAGCAUUCAAAACUAAGUGCAGAAGAAGGAGCUGCUUUCUGACUUGCAGGGGUGGGGCAGUCUACUAAGGAGAAAAGGUUCCACUAAGUGAGUGCCAUUUUGAACUGGGCCUAAUAGUGUUUUCCAAAUGUAAAAUAAGGGGAUUGCACAACAUGAUCUCAGCCUUCCUUUUACACUUCCCAGACUGGGAGCCCAGCAAACAAGCUCUGUGGCUGAGAAGCUUCUGGGGUUUCUUUGCAGCUGCCCACAUUGGGGUCGGCAUCAGUGGCCAGGAGGGAAUGCAGGCCAUGCUCAACAGCGACUAUGCCUUCUCACAGUUCCACUAUCUUCGGCGUCUACUUUUGGUCCAUGGCCGCUGGUCCUAUAAUCGCAUGUGCAAGUUUCUCGGCUACUUCUUUUACAAAAACUUUGCCUUCACCCUGGUGCACUUUUGGUAUGCCUUCUUCAGCGGGUUUUCUGCACAGGUAGGAGGUCACAUGGCAUUUCCCACUCUGGUCAACUGGGUCUUCUCUAGUCACCCCCCACUUCAGCUAGCUCAGAUCCUUUUUCUCCUCUGGAGACCAAUGUAUGACAUGCUGCCAUCCAUCCAUAAAGCUCCUCACCCAUGUUGAUCCCAUCUCCUAACCCUACACUUAACCUUAGAUUUUCAAACCCUGACUUUUCUGGCCUGGCUCUGACUUGGCCUUGACUCCUACCUUCAGAACACUCCCAUAAGGUAUUUUCACCUUUUCCCUGAGACAGAGACCUAGAGUGUCCAAACAUAUGUAAUAGGGGGAAAUUCCUGGAGCUGGGAAUAUUUCUUAGCAUUCAAUGUAAUCUUUAUGGAACAGGCUAAGCCUCAAGGGCCUCUGGGUCUUGCCCGACAGGCUGCUUAUGGCAUUCCCCUGUAACUGUACUUAGAAACACAGCUUUCCUUUACUACUCCUUCCCUAACCCAACACACACACCGCCAAACACACACUAUUGUUGUUUUGAUGAAUUAAUUCCACAUUUGAAUAUGUAAUCUCCCCCACAGUAGUAGGGAGAGGUGACACCUAGAUUUUGAUGUUCUAAGAGGAGUCUAUGAGAAGUUUUUCAGAAGUCUCUCAAGGAUUCCCAAGAGAAACAACCUCAGGAACGAUUAUCUUGGGAGAUCUCUACCACUUUUGUUGCCACUUUUUAUUGGACUCCAGGGGAAACAGACCAGUCAGCAGACAGUAGACUUGUAGAUACGCCCCCAGCAUGUAGCGAAGCCAGUCCGGUUUGUGGGAGGUGUGUAUUGCUGCUGACCUCUUGUGGCUAGUAAGGAAAGGAGCCCUCACUAGUAAGGAAAUGGAGCACCCAGCUCUCUUUUGGUCUAUUCUGCUUGUCAAUGUUAGAAAGUGUCCAGUGCUGUAGAACCUACUGAAUGCCAUGAAGCAGAUAAAGAGUCCAGAGGCUUACAUGCUUGGGAGUGCAGGGGUACGGCUAGCACUCCCUGGCAGCCACUCUGGAUUCUUUCUAUGCAAGGAGGGGCAGUAGAGUUCAUGGUAGGGUUGGUCCAAAUCAGCCUUGGAGAGUUGACCACAAACAAGCUUGAUGUAGCCUUGCCCCAGCCUGGGACAAGGGGUUCUAAAUAGAGUAGGACCAAGGAGAGACUGAGGUCAGCCUUCUCAGUCAGAUUUCUAAAAUCCAAAUCCUGCUGUAGGUUAGUGUGUUGGUGGGUAGGUAGGCGCUAGAGGGAGCUCUCUUGGACUUGGGAGGUGGAGCUGGGACUUUGGAGAAGAGAGAAAUUAAGAAAUCUCCUUGGUUUUCUUCCAGACAGUUUAUGAUACCUGGUUUAUCGCUUUCUACAACCUGGUCUACACCUCCCUCCCUGUCCUGGGCUUGAGUCUGUUUGACCAGGUAAGACCAGCAGUGAGCCUCUGAGGCAGGGCUGAAGCCCUGGGCCCUAGAGGAGUAUUCCCAAGAGUGAGGAGGACAGUAAGAGCUGAGCUCUACAAAGUUAAGUGUAUAUAGAAUAAUUUGUAGAGCAAGGAAGGGAGCUCAUCACCUGGAGAGGUAUCAAGGGAUAAAGUAAAUAACCUUCCUCCACAGAGAACAAUCAUCAGUUUUAGAAAUCCAAGUGUUCCUCUGUCAAUUUUAUCGUUGUAGAGAAAAACAUGGAAAUUGUAGUGUACAGUAAAUUGAGUGUGUACAAAAGUAGUGAAAAGAAAUAAAGUCAUUGGGGCAGGACUAAGUAAAGCAAGGGGCUUCAAGAAAGAGAUACAGAGAUAAUGAGAGAUAAGCCAAAGCAGGGAGGCCUGGGUGAGAGUCCUGAAGGCCAAGCAUGGGAGAAUGGGUAUGACACCUAGAGUCAUAGGGAGUCAGCCUAUCUGCCUGUAGGGGAUACCACCUGUCCCUGUCAGAAAUUCCCUGGGCAUUGAGGGUCCUGGUGCCCUACCUCUCCCUCCUCUUCUACCCCAACUUCCUGUCCUGGGCACAUGGAAUAGAAAAGGAGCCUCCAAAGAGGAAUAAAGUUGCUGAAAGAGGACAUCAUGGGAUCACGGUUCCUGGUCUCUCUCAGGGUAGGAGGGAAAAUUCUCCAUGAAGUAGCUGCCAGCCUAGAGCAGCAAGAGGGAUGAGUUGUAUCACUCAGCAGUCUUAUCCAGCUUCAGUGGUCUAAUUCUAAGGAUCCACAACCUCUCAAAAUAACUCCCACACUUUGUUAUCCAAAGUUUCAGACUUAGGAGAUGAAGAUGAUCCAAUGUCAUCCACAUAGAGAAUCCUCUCACCUGAGUUCACCAGUACCUAUGACAAUGGGAAGAGCAUCACAGAACAUGGAUACCUCCAAGGGACUAACUGUUCCCCACUGGCGUUCCCCUCUCUUCCCACUGGCUUUUGACACAAAGAAUAUUCAACUAAAGGAACACUUAAAACUGAGGACCUAUGUCCCAACUGCCUCCCCCAUCCCAAGCUCCAGUCCCCCCUUCCUGCUACCCCAAUCCUAAUUGCCCCCUUUCUUAACUCCCUAAUCCUAACUGCCUCAAGGUCCUUCCCACCAUCUUGACCUUCUAGCUUUCCUCUACUACCUAGAUCCUUGCCUAGAGAGUGGGACUUCAGGAAGGGUCUAUGGUCACUACUCUGUUCUCUGGGUCCACUUCUCAAGUAAUCCACGAGGAAGCUCCUAGGCAGCCUGGCAGCAUACUCGGUGAGAGGAGAAGCCUCUACUCUGAUGGAGAUGGGACCUUCUAUGGAGAGACUCUGAGCCUUCCUCCUUACCCUCUUGUGCUUCCAGGAUGUGAAUGAAACAUGGAGCCUACAUUUCCCAGAGCUGUAUGAGCCAGGCCAGCACAACCUCUAUUUCAACAAGAAGGAAUUUGUGAAGUGUUUAGUGCACGGGAUCUACAGUUCCUUUGUGCUGUUCUUUGUCCCGAUGGGGACCAUUUAUAACUCAGUGCGCAGUGAUGGGAAGGAAAUCUCCGACUACCAGUCCUUCUCCCUGAUAGUGCAGACCUCCCUGCUCUGGGUGGUCACAAUGCAGGUGUGGCCAGUGGUCGUAGCGGUAAGGGGAUUAGGUGGGGAGUCUGUCUGGAAAAGAGGGAGGUAUAGAGGGAGGGGAGGUAGGAAGGGAGCAUCCUCCAUUACAGAAUUGGAGAAGGGAGGUGGCUGACAGGUCCCAGGUUAUAGAGUAUUGCACAUAAGAGGGUGCUUUUCAGAUUGCCCUGGAGACAACCUACUGGACGAUGAUAAGCCACUUCUUCACCUGGGGUAGCCUGGGUUUCUACUUUUGCAUCUUAGUCUUCCUGUACAGUGAUGGCUUGUGCCUAAUGUACCCCAACGUCUUCCAGUUCCUAGGUAAGUCUCUGCCCAAUGUGUGUCGGGGUGUGGGGCAGGGGUGGAGAGUGUGAACCAAGAAUUUAAUAAAUAUUUACUGAGCAGCUAUUACUAUGUGCUAGGCUCUGUGGAUAUAGAUGUGAAUAAGACAUGAUCUCUGCCCUAAAAGGACUCAAAAUCUAGCUAGGGAAAAUAUUUUACCUUAUUAGAGUUCCUAAGAUAUUUUCAAAUUUCUUAUCUAAUUUGAUCUUUACAAGCAUCCUAUGAGGUAGGCAGGGCAAGAAUUAUUAGCAACAUUUUAGAGACUAGAGGUUUUUAAAAAUUAAAUGACACAAAUCUAGGUCUCCCGGUUCCCAGUCCAAUAUCCUUUCCACCGUGGCAUACUGCCUUAUUGUCUCCCUUAUUAAUUUCCCUCUCUCUCAUCUGCACUCUGAUGAGGACAAAAUACGGAGAGAAUAGACAUGUAGAUGUAGCUGGCUCCCGUCUCUUGUCAAGCCACUCAUUUUUCCCCUCCAAAGCCCUCUACCCCAUUUUUGUGUCCAGGCCAAUGCUCUACGAUU